UCUAUAUGGGGCAAUAGUUUUCCAGUGUCCCAUGGUAGCACUUUGCAUGAAUAGCGUUGUGUCAGUCACUAAGGUAAAACUGUCGUCAAGCUUUUCAUCACCUGGGACGUUCUGUUGUCAUUACCUUUGGAAACAGAGAAGAUGAUAACAGGCUACAGGGAUACUGCCUGGAGGAACCUGUAAACAAGAUGACCGUCAUGUGACUUCAUUUCGUCAAGCCAUUUAAACUGCUGCCGUCCAAGGAACUCAAACAUGGCUUCUGUAGUCUCAACGAAAACUCGCAAGCUGGAUGCUAUUUGUGCCAAACUAAAACUUAUCAGCAACGAUCUGCCUCUGUCCCUCCCUGGUCUGCCCUCUUCCUCAACACCCUGUCGUCCUGAGCCUCUGACUCGGGCAAGUUUUGAUAAUUCGAGUCCCAUCAACUUCUCCUUGGCAACCAAGACCGGUGAAAAUGAGGUUGUGGGUAUUCCUGGAGGUGAAUUACCUGAAAAUAGCCCGAUUCCACUGCAAAUGGAGAGUGAAAAAGAGACUGACCCAUUAAUUGUGAAUGACAAAGAGGAUGAUGCUACGUCUGAGAGUUGUAGAGAUCCUGAAGGUCAGGCACUGUCUCUAGCGAUAAGGAAAUACGAAAAUGAUGACAUUAACACCAGGAAUAGUGUUUCGGAAUCGUCACCAAAUAAUGUUACAUCCUCGGAAUGCGAUAAAGAAGAAGGGCUUGGAUGUGAAAACAACAACAACGACACAACUGAUAAACAGUCACAUGAUCUCAUUAGUUGCAAUUCUGACGAAAGUACAUCUAAGGGAGUAGAACUUUCCAAAAAAAAUGGUGAAGACGGUAGUAAAAGUUUCUUGGAAAAUGGGGAAGAAGAUAAUGUGUGUAGGAAUGAAAUGAGUGCGGGAACAUCAUCUAUUAAACCAUCAACAUUGUCAUCUGUCCCUACUCCCACACCAUCACCCAUCUCCACGCCGACAGUCUCAGCUUUAUCCACCCCAACAAUAUCUAGUCAACAAAAAGUGUCUGGGGCGAGCCGUAGAAAAAGUCGGAAAGCGACCCCACGCAAUAUAUCACAAGUGCGCAAAUUUAUUGAACAGUACGAUAGAAUAGAUGAUAAGGAUGAACUAGCACAGUAUGAAUUAAACAACCAAAACACAACAUUCCCACCUCCAGAAAACGAUGAGGAGUAUAUGGACGAAGAAGAAAAUGCAAGAACCAUAAAUGAAAAUAUGGACACGGGAGAAAAUUUGAGUGUAGUUAGAUCUCCUUCUAUAGAAACCAGUAUUACCUCUACCUCCAGUAUUAACGAUAGUUGUAGUUCACUUAAUCUCACUGCUAAGUCCUCAGAAGUCAGGAACUCUAGAAAGAAUAGAAAACCUCAGAUGGCACCCAGUUUUAGUGUGCCACUUGACCUGUCUGUAGGUCGGACAGAGAUGGAUGACUUCAUGGACAGUGAUAGUUCCGAAUUUGAGUACAGCAUGGAUGGCGAUGAGGUGUCGCUGAGAAGUGAGUCCGGACGGAAUUCGCCUGAAGAUUUACGUUUAUCAACGUCCAAAGAUAAACCAUCAGUGCCAAAGACAACACCGAAAAAUUCCUCAAAGCAAGACAAUCUUGAAAUAUCUGCCCUCAAAGACUAUGCAGAAAAUACCAUGAAUGAACUGCUUCAGAUGUAUGGACUGAGUCGAUCGGCAGACUCCAUCACCGGUCAAGUGCACCCAGAAAAUUUCUCUUCUAAUAAAAUAUUAGCGCAUGGUGGUCCAGGGGUAAUAGGCAAGGACAAGUUCCGGCCAAUCCUACCAAAGAACUUCCAGUUGGAUCCAGCGGUAAACGGAUUUGUCGACACACAGCUAGGUCAGACCCAAACUACAAGUCUGGCAGGAAAGGCUGGAAUCUACGUCAACUAUGUCAACACGCACGUUAGCAAGGCCGGCAAACAGAGCGAAGAAGCUAACAAGCAGCAGGAUAAAUUCACUAACAGUGCUGCCUACAUCAAGGCAGUGUUCAACCACCAGAGCAAGGUCAAGACCAACUCUCAAGGGAAAAUACUCCUUCCUGACUACUCUAAGUACCUUAAACGAUUUAACAAUGGCCAGGAGUGUAAAGUUAAGUACUGCCAUGAACUUGGGUACCGCGAACACUUCCACUGCAUGGACUGUAACUUCCGGGUCUUCGUCAAAAAGGAGGAAAUGGUCCGACACUUCAAGUGGCACCGCAAGCGGGAGGAGUCUCUACAGCAUGGGUUUAUGAGAUACAGUCCUAUGGACGACUGUAGUCAGAAGUUUGUCAGCUGUACUCACAAUGGACGUCAAACUCAUUACCAUUGUCUUCAAGGUGGCUGUGACAAGGUUUAUAUCAGUACUUCAGAUGUACAGAUGCAUGCCAACUACCACAGAAAAGACUCGGCUAUCAUCCAGGAAGGUUUCCAGCGGUUCCGCGCCACAGAGGACUGUGGCACACCGUCCUGUGCCUUUUACGGACAGAGGACCACUCACUUCCACUGUCGCCGACCCACCUGUAACUUCACCUUCAAAAACAAGGCUGACAUGGAGAAACACAAAACCUAUCACCAAAAAGAUGAAGUCUUGGCAAAAGAUGGAUUCAAGAAGUUCAUGAAGUACGAGCACUGUGGUUACAUGUCAUGUCGGUACUCCAAGGUCAGCAACCACAUCCACUGUAUAAGGUCCGGUUGUAAUUAUGUGUUGCACUCCACGGCUCAACUGUACUCACACAAGAGGAAGCACGAAAGGCGAGAUUUUGAGUCGGCAUACAGGAAGUUCCGUGAUGAUCAGCAGGACAAUAAGGGGGGUCAGAUUCCGGGCAUGAUCCCGGGCACAGUAGCCCCCUCUAGGGUGAAUACCCUCAACAAUGUAUCACUUAUGAGUAACCAACAGUCCAUGUCACUUCCUGUGGCGAUCAAGCGUGAAGCACUGGACGAUUUUGAUUCAAAUGACUCCAAAAGAUUUAAAACAGAGCAGCCUAGUAUGUCCUUACCAGUCUCCAUCAAGCAGGAAGCUUUUGACGACUCCGAAAGUAAUGAGUCUAAAUUAAUGCAAGAGGACCAACCAGAAAAUCUCAACGAAAACAGUUUUUCCGAUGUAAAGUCAGAGUCUUCCGAAUCCGAUACUGCCAUGGAUGUUUCCCACCACGACCUUGACAGUGACAGCGGAAAAGAUGAUGCCACAGAUGUCCCCGAAACAUUUUACAAUGAGCCAAAGGCGUCCACAAUGGCCGCACUUAACCUUACAGGGGUCAAGCUCAGUGACUCGCUUACAUUGCCCAUACCUACCAUGCACCUCAUGGAUGAAAUCAAAGUCACCUCCCCACAGGAAGUCACACCUGUACGUCAGCAUUUACAACUUCCUGUCCAAAUCCCUACCUCAGUCUCAUCCAUGGCAACUUCUCUAGCAACCCCAGCCUCGUCUCCAGCCAUAUGCCAGCCAGUCACCACGGCAACUAGUGUAGCGCUGCCAGCCAGGCCCCCCAUAAUGGAGAAGCGUGAGCGAGAUGAAUCCUGGAAAAGUUACCUCAUAAGGUACACAGCUAAUGAUCCCUGUAACUCACGGUGCCAGUACCUGUACAAGGAUCACUACCACUGUAAAGUAGAGGGCUGCUUGGUGCUCUUUAAGUCCAAGGAUGGGGUCCGGGAGCAUGCAAGAUUCCAUGAGCUGCAAGACCGGAUCACACCUGUGGCUUACCAUGUUUAUGAACCCCUUCAGGCCUGUCCUAACAGUUGUCAGUACAGCCUCAAGGAGAAACACUACCACUGUAUCUGGUCGGGCUGCACACAUGUUGUGCCCCACAUUGGUCCGACAUUUGGACGUCUGGAGCACUACCGCAUACACGAGUAUGCCAGGGCAUCCCAGGGUAAGACCUACAAGUUUUCUGGGUCAAAACUGGAAGACAACUCACCUCGCCGCAGAGGUCGACCUCCGAAAUAUCCUAAAAUUGACAUCCCAAUUAUACCCAAGGUUGAGCUGUCAGAAGAGGAAAUCGCUCAAUCCACACGGAAAAUUGCCAUCAACAGCGCUGGCCUCCCGAAAGUCAUCAACGGCUUUAAGAUGUUUGAGGAGCGAGAGGAAUGUCCGGAUGAGUUAUGUAUCUACAGACAGCAGCAGCACUACCAUUGUGCGCGGCCACGCUGCCACCAUGCCACCGACCGCCUCGAUGUCCUCAACCUCCAUGCCAAAGACUUCCAUAAUUUUGUCAACAUCUUGGAGGGUUUUGAGUUCUUUGAUCGGAACGUCAACUGUCGAAGAAACCACUGCAACAAUAACAAAAUAAACCGACACUUCCAUUGUGUCAAGCCCAAGUGUGAUUACUCUUUUGUCAGACACAGCACAAUGAUGCAGCAUGACAAGAAACACAGGACAGAGGGCGCUACAGAGCUCAAACCUCUCCAACUCAUCAAGAAGGAGGCAGCUCCUACAGUGUCUGUCCCAGGGUUCAUGCCAAUUAUACCUGCUCUGUCCCCUAGUCCACUGGAGUCUGUCAACAAAGGCAUUAUCAAGACAUCAGGGACAUUCUUCCCCUGGUCGGGUUUGAGCAAAGUCCCAGGCACCAUGGCGAUACCAACACUGACCACACAGCUAGCCACACAGUUGUCUACUGUCAAUUCACUUCAGGCUGUGCCAGUAGCUGUACCAAACAUGGCACUAGUCAUGCCAACCGUGGCCACCGUUAGCGCUGUGGCCACACCUAUCAUCACUCAGGGACUGGUCGGAGCCAAUGUGCCACUGUCCAUGUUACUGCAGCAGAAGGGAAGUAACUCUGUUCCACAACGCAGCUGGCAGGAGUUGAAGGAAAGCAUGCACUUUGAUAUCAACCAGAAUUGUGGUAGACCUUUCUGUAAAUUGAAAAAAAAAGACCACUUCCAUUGCUUUGACUGUAACCAGGCUUUCUCAGAUCCAUCACGUCUUCGCGUUCACAUCUGUAAACAUGGCAUCAAGAUAAACAAGAGUGAAGAAAAGCCACCUGUAGCAACACCUAUCUCUGUUAUCACUACGACAAAGGUCUGUGCGACAGGAAGUGAGGAUUACCCACCAGAAGGUACUCACCUUUCUGACCCUGAUGAGGAAGAUGAGGACGAGUUAAAUGGGUCCUCAUCAUUGAAUCUAGAAUUCUCAACAUUUUCUAGCAUGAUUGCGAAAGCGCAGCAAGCCCAUGCUACCAAUGCACCACCUAAAUCUAACACUGAUGGUGACCCGGGGCUCGGCUUCUCCGGAAAGCUAGUCAUAGACGAGAGGUUUCAUGAGGAGAAAAGCGGAGAUGUACUUGACAGUAACGAUAACAGUUUAGAUGAAUUAAGACAAGAUGAUUUGAUUGAUGGAGCAUCUGGCCGUAAGUCUGGACGAAAACGGACAGCAACGAAACGUAACGACUUUGUGGACAGUAAUUCCAUUCUUGUGAAGCAGAAGAAGAGUACUAGCCCACGAAGCGGAAAGGAUGACUCCAUUCCUGAUGGUUACACACGUAUCAAACAGAAGGAGGACUGUCAACAUGAAAAGUGUGCCUACCGUCAGGGGGUGACACACUUCCACUGCAUCCGUGAAGAUUGCGGUUACAGCUUCAGUGACCGGUCUCGUCUCAUACAGCACACCUUGCGGCACGAGCGUAUCGACAGUCUGACCGGUGGAGAGAUGCGACAAUACCGUAUGAACCAGUCAUGCAACUUAGAGAAUUGCGAGUACCAAGGAAAGGCCUCACAUUUCCACUGUCUUAAGUGUGAUUACUGCUGCACAGACUCAAGUAAGGUCCUCACUCACCGCAAACACCAUUCCAAGAUGGACAGCAUCAGUUCACAGGGGUUUGUGAAGGCGUCUAUUGAGGAUGACUGUGGCGUGGCUCUUUGCCAGUACAACAUGAAGCAGACCCACUACCAUUGUACCCGUACCCCCUGCAACUAUGCCGUGUUAGGCCCAGCACAGAUGUCUUCGCACAAAAUCAAACAUGCCAGCUAAAAUUUCAAUGUUCCUCAAAACAUUAAGGUAACAGGGGUCACUUGUAUAAAACAUCUCAAAGUUAAGGAAAAUCUCAAGCAAUGUAUUGUCU